UGUGUAGGCAGCUCAUGUUUUGAGAUAAAGGCAUAUCUAGGGCUUUCAGCAGAUUCAUAACUCAUUUGUUGUUAUAAGGUGCUGGGAAAUACUUGAGUAUUUUGCUAUUUUUACUGCGCAACAUCGACGUUUACCACAGCUCAACCGGAUUUUAAAAGCCGUGGGCGUUUGGAAAACUGGAUGUUUGAAAAUCGUUUCACCACAUCAAUAGAUUAAACGUCCCCAAAGGUUUCAGAUCCAUAUCUGACACCACAUCUCAUAAAUAUUGAAUGGCUUCUGUAAUAUUAAAAAUUGAUGUUUUCAAUUUAAGUUUUCAAAGCGGAGUCGGAGUGUCCGCGCUGAGGGAGGACGAGAGGAGGUCCAGUCAGACUCUACCUACCUGCCGAUCAAACGCGCGCAUCUCUCGCGGUCGUGCGCUCUCUCCUCAGGUGCGCGAGGGGGUCAGACUCAAACGGACCGAUGAUGUUCGCUCUGUCCAAAUUGUAAGGAAAGCCACAUUUCUGCGCCAGUUUGGUGGGUUAUAUUACACGUGUGACGCCAGAGACGAGUGAGACCCAGAUUUUGGAGUCAUUUGAAGACUUAUCUCAAACUCCCGAGGAGCUGCAAUGGCAUCGAUCGGGGAGUUUGAUCCGUUAAACAGCAGCGUACCUGCCACCAAAAUAGAGAUCACCGUCUCGUGCAGGAGUUUGCUGGAUGUUGAUACAUUCUCAAGGUCAGCACCAGUGGUUGUGUUGUAUGUUCAAGGAAUUGGUACUAAAGAGUGGAGAGAGUUUGGCCGAACAGAAGUGAUUGACAACACUCUCAACCCAGACUUUGUGAGGAAGUUUGUCUUGGAUUACUUCUUCGAAGAAAAGCAGAACCUUCGGUUUGACGUAUACAAUGUGGACUCUAGAAGCUCAAACAUCUCAAAACAUAAGUCCUUCCUCGGCCAGACUUUCUGCACUCUAGGAGAGAUUAUUGGGUCCUCUGGGUCAAGACUCGAGCGGGUGCUUUCGGGCAUUCCAGGGAAGAAAUGCGGGAACAUUAUCUUCACAGCUGAGGAACUCAGCAAUUGCCGGGACAUUGCAACCAUGCAACUCUGUGCUAACAAGUUGGAUAAAAAGGAUUUCUUCGGGAAGUCUGAUCCCUUCCUGGUGUUUUACCGCAGCAAUGAAGACGGCACGUUCACUAUCUGUCACAAAACAGAGGUGAUAAAGAAUACUUUGAACCCUGUGUGGCAGCCCUUCACCAUCCCAGUGCGAGCUCUCUGUAAUGGAGACUAUGACAGAACAGUGAAGAUUGAUGUUUAUGACUGGGACAGAGAUGGAAGUCAUGACUUCAUCGGUGAGUUUACGACCAGCUAUAGAGAGCUGUCUCGUGGACAGAGCCAAUUCAAUGUUUAUGAGGUUCUGAAUCCUAAGAAGAAAGGCAGGAAAAAGAAAUACGUCAACUCUGGCACGGUAACACUUUUGUCCUUCAAAGUGGAAUCGGAGUACACAUUUGUGGACUUCAUUCGGGGCGGAACCCAGCUGAACUUCACUGUAGCAAUAGACUUCACCGCGUCUAACGGAAACCCAUCACAGCCGACAUCGCUCCACUACAUGAACCCGUAUCAGCUGAACGCGUACGCCAUGGCCCUUAAAGCCGUGGGGGAAAUCGUCCAGGAUUAUGACAGUGACAAACUCUUCCCUGCCUACGGCUUUGGAGCUAAACUCCCUCCUGAUGGCAAGAUCUCUCAUGCUUUUCCCCUGAACUCUGACUGUGAGAAUGCAAACUGCGUCGGCAUCGAAGGCGUGCUGGAGGCGUACUAUGACUGUCUUCGUAAAGUGCAGCUCUACGGCCCCACCAACUUUGCCCCUGUCAUCAACCAGGUGGCACAGUGCGCGGCAGAGGUGACAGAUGGCUCUCAGUACUUUGUGUUGCUGAUCAUCACAGACGGUGUCAUUUCCGACAUGGUGCAGACUAGAGAAGCUGUGGUCACCGCGGCAUCCCUUCCCAUGUCAAUCAUAAUUGUGGGAGUCGGCCCUGCUGAAUUUGAUGCUAUGGAAGAGUUGGAUGGAGAUGAGGUCAGGGUGUCCUCCAGGGGACGUGUUGCUGAGAGAGACAUUGUCCAGUUUGUACCGUUCCGAGACUACAUUGACCGAUCCGGGAACCAGGUGCUCAGCAUGGCCCGACUGGCCAAAGAUGUCCUGGCCGAGAUCCCUGACCAGCUGCUGUCGUUCAUGAAGAGCAGAGGCAUUGAACCCAGACCAGCCCUCUCCCCCUCUCCUACACCACAGAUAAACGUCCACCUCUGAUCCUAGAGCAGUAUUUUAUCCCCUCCCUCAAACAGCUCUACGUUCACGUCUGAACCCCCCCGGGUCCGUCACUGGGGAUGCACAUUUUUACUUUCCACAUUGGUUAGCAGUAGCACAUUAUAUAGUUACAAUAAUAAUCAACUGAAUCAGGAACAUGUUAAUAUAAGCGUGUGGUGUUAUACUUUAUAAUCAGCCAGUGAUCAUUCAAAAGAAGUUUGUGCUUGUCUGGAAUGGAAGAUGUGGAAGUAAAUAGAAGGUGAAUUUCCUGAAAAGAAAUGUCUGGGUCGUUUUUCACCCAAAAAUCUAAAGAUGAGAAAAACAAUAAAAAAUACAUCAAAUUUUACAUAAAAUACAAUUCACAUAAAUUACAUAAAAUAAAUGGAGCCAAUAUUAUUGCUUUGGGACAUUAUUUUCUCAUUCUAAAAUCUCAUGUUACCCUAAAAAAUACUUUAACUUAUUUGCUGAAAUUAUAUAUGACAAUUUGAGGAGAAACUUAAUUGUCACUAUGCAGAACAAAAAAUGAGUUGGCCUUAAAACAGACUGUAAGUAAAAUAUCAUAUUGUGUGUUGAAACAUCAUCUGGACAUUUCUUAUUGAAAUUUACCCAGGAACAUGAUUCUCUGUGCUCUCACACCCGAGGCACAGAGCGAGCGAGUGGUACGCUGUAAUACCCAAACACGCAUGCACAGGUCACCUUUAGCUUCACGCAUCAUCUUUGUAUUUCACGUAGUUUCUUGGGGCAACAUAUUUUUUUCAUUUUCUCACUGGCUGAGUUAGUUGCGCCGGCACACUUUUGAGUCUGUAAAUAUUUUCUAAUUUGUGCCCGAUUUUGAAAGGAGCUAAUAAGUAGCUACAUGUGGCAGAAAAACAGAUGCCUGUGCGGGAACACCGACGCGCUCGGAGUCUUCCGCACAUCUCGAGUGGAUGCAGCUAAUUACCUGGAGAAACAGAGGUGCCAAUCAGUGCAAUUCAACCAGAGAGAGGAAGAUUGAGGGAAGAAAUAUCCAGAGUGUAAUCAGCAGAGGUUAAUGGGCACAGGAAGUAUGCAGACAUAUGGCGUGACAAAGAUAAAUCAGGUGAUCAGCAGAACGACAGGAAGAGAGAGGGAUUUUUUCAUGAAGCUGCAGGGACAAAGGUGGAUUUUACAGGUGAAUCUCAUGGAGAAACGCCUGGGUCGUAUUUUACCCCAAAUCAAAAGAAAAUGACCAUUAAGAUGCCAUGCAUUGUGUCGUUGUUUUAAUGACAAAAUUCCUCCCAUCCACAUUCUCAUUACCAUAUUACUAUAGUAAAAAUAACGUCCAGAACCCAAUUAUUAUUUUUUUUUUAAGUCAGCAUAAAUUCAGUACCGUGAAUGCUACCAUUACCUACACUUACUAUUGCACUUUAAAAAUACUUUACAAUUUAAAUUAUGGAUGCACUAUACUAUAUAUCAGUACCUUAUUGGUUAUUAGUUAAUAUUGUAUACUUAAUUGUAAAUCCUUUUUUGCUUUUUGAUUACCUUUAUUGUUUUUACUGCUCACCUAAAGUUAUAUAAAUAAAAAACACUAUUUUAACACUAAACUUUAAUAAUGUUAAAUGUAAUCAUCAGCAAAUCUCUAAAUAUCCAUUUUAAUACUGUACUUUAUAAUUGUUUACAAUGUUGUGAUGGCUAAAUUCACUUCUAGCAUCUAAAAUGUUUUAUUUCUAGUUUUUAGAAUUUUAAUAUCAGCCAUAACAUGAAAAUGAUUAAGUUUUAAUAGUAAAAAUAAUAGUUGCAAUAUAAUGUCUAAUUUAAAUAUUUUUUUCUUUAUAGUAUUGAUAAUGAAAUGAAUAUGCUCCUAACUGUCAUGAUGAUAAUGUCGCAAUGCAAAGUAAAAUGCAGUUUUCCUAAAAAUAGGCUUUUUUCUUUUGAAUUAGGGUUGACGCAUGACCUAGAUGUUUCUUGACAUUUUUCGUGAGGUUCACCCUUGCGUACACUGCCAUGUUUUCAAAUUCCAUUCCAAAAAUGAUUGUAGACUCAUUGAAUGUUUGCCAAGAUUGGAACAUUGAAGCGGAAUCCACUUCCAUUCUUUCAUUCUGCUGUACAUAAUGAAUAGUGCAAUAACAUUCAACAUGCAUUUCACCACAAUUUAUGGAUGUAUUUCCUUCACAAUCCUUGUUGCUGUGAUCAAAAUAUUGCUCAGAUACUUUAAUGUUGAAUACCGUUUUUUCUCCAUAUUUAUAUAUACAGUAAUCUAUCGGAAAUGUUGCUAAACUGUUGCUAAACUGUAGAUUUGAAUGAUAUUUGUUUCAUAGUAAAGACAGCUAUAGUAAACACAGCUGCUUGUGCCAAAGUGCUACCAUGUAAAACAUUCCUGCCAAGGUUGUAUAUCGACAUGUGUGAGGCGAAGAUGUUCGUUUUAUAUCUCCUUGUUGUGUUUUUAAUAAAGCAUGAAUGUCUUGUGCUGA